AUGUCAACAACUCCGACUGACGAAAAAAAAUUGUUACCAGACAAAAGGAUCCGUUCUCGAUCGCUAAAACACAGUUGUGGCAGUGAGGAUUGCAGUGGUACAAUAACUUCGCUGCCACUUGAAAUGCCUUCCUUGAAUCCAAAAAAACGUGUUGAAUCAAUACAAUCUCGACCAUUUAUCCCAAUAUCUAAUCGGAUACCACUAGCUCAAACACUAGCUCAUCGGAAAUUGCGUAAAUAUGCCAGUGAAACGAACUUCCCACUGGAAGCCAGCAGUUCUUCAGACCUAUUAUUGAAAGAGAAAGACCAGAAGACAGCCAUCGGUAAACACAAAAUAUUUUCCGUGCGACCUGUUAAAACCGCUGAUAGUGGUACGCUAAUUCGGGAUGGUAGCGUUCCGUGUUCUCAACAUGUUAAGCGUGAAGAUUCAGAGGGUGAAGCAAGCUGCUCCGGCAGUGAUGCAACUUUGGCCAGCAUGUCAAUGACUCCAAUUUUACGGCAGAAAUCUCGGCGAUCCCGUCUUAAUCGGCCGAAAAGUUCAACAUAUAUGUACGGGACAUCUAUUUCCUCGGAUGCUUAUAAUACUCCGACAUCUGCCACACUACCAUCCGUUGAUUCCUUGCAACAAAUCGGACUGGGAAUGGCAGGAAGCAUGGAAGAACGUCGAGAAAGUAGUUUUUACAAUAUAGAUGAUGACAGUUUACACGAAUUCGACGAUGAAAAAGAUGAGUACGAUAAUAUAACAUUGAUGUACGCGAAGCACGAAAAAAUCCCAAUGAAGGAUUUUGGAUCAGAAAUUCGGGCAACGAUGGACAUUGAUCAUUUGCUCAAUAAAUCUGUUCUUCUUUUGGAUUUGCAAGAAACUUCUCUCGAAGAGAUUUUUGCGAAAAUAAUUCAUGAAAUGGACAUUCAGGAACCAGAAUUUACCAGUGAGCAAGUUCGGUCGGUGCUUUUCACGCAAGAUUCUGGAAAUCAGUUCCAUAUACUGAGCCGAACCGUACAAAGUAUCUGCACAACGGGCACAGUCGGUGGUACUUUCGAUUACGAUCAAUCUUGGAUUUGUGCCUUGUGUAUGUUAAACACGGUGCAACACAGGCAUGUAGCAAUUGCUCGACUCAGCCAUCCUACUAAUUUGGGUCGUACAAUGCAAGAUCUGCGAUUUAUUAUCAUUGUUAUUGCCCCUUCACGAGCGAAAGGCACCAAGACAGCACUUGAGACGACACGAACAUUUGCAACACUUUUUGCGGAUAUGGAUAUCAGACAACGACUUGUUAUGGCGCAAAGUGUAGAUCAAUUUAGAUCUACAUUACUGUCAGCAGCUAAAGAAUUGGCAGUGGAUCAGAAUCAAUGGCGAGAAAGAAAAACAUCGAUCCAUUUCAGUCAAGCUAAGGAACAAUUGUUUGGUCCUGGGAAAUGGUAUCUCUUCCGCGGACUCAGUAACGAUUUCCUUAGACGUAUUAAAUACUAUUCUUCUGACUACCUGGAUGGAUUGCGCGGUUCGAAAACAAUCCAAAAAUUGUUUAGCUCGAUAGUAUUCCUAUAUUUUGCUUGUCUUCUGCCAGCAAUUGCUUUUGGUGUUUUGAAUGAUGAUAAUACAAACGGAAGUAUUAAUGUGCGUAAAGUAAUUACUGCUCAAGCACUUGGUGGAAUAUUUUUCGCAAUAUUUGGUGGUCAGCCGAUGAUUAUAUUGUUGACCACAGUACCGCUAGCAAUAUAUAUUAAAGUGAUAUAUAAAAUAGCAGAAGAGCUUGGUUAUGAUUUCUUUGCAAUGUAUGCUUGCGUUGGACUAUGGUGUCAACUUUUUCUGAUCCUUUAUGCAUCUACUGAUAUGUGCAGUUUAAUGAAGCUAGCUACAAGAUCUGCAGAAGAAAUGUUUUCGCUAUUUAUUGCAAUAGCAUUUACUGUGGAAAGUAUACGAGCGCUGCACACAAGUUUCAAGAAGAACUAUCACAAUUGUGAUAGUACCAAUAUGCGAAAAAAAGGAAGCGUUGACGACGAUCUAUUGCCUUCAUUCCGGUUAAAUUCGACAUCAUUCUCCUCUGUUGUUGAUAUAACGGAAACGAGUACACCAUUUCAGAUGUAUGAUAAACUUUGCCAUCGAGACACUUCAAUUUUAUAUAUGCUUCUUAUGUUUGGCACACUGUGGCUUGGUCUUUUUUUAUAUAACUUCAGGAAGACGCCUUAUUUGACAAGGUCACGUCGUGAAUGGCUAGCUGAUUAUGCACUUCCUGCUUCAGUUCUCAUCAUGUCGUUUACGGGUGCUUACUGUUUUUAUGAUAUCGAAAAAGACAAGUUCAAAAUGCGUACAAAUUUAUCGACAUUCACUGUUGCACCAGUGUUCUCACUACCGUGGCAGGGCUACUUCGUAUGCUUACUUCUUGGUUUCUCAUUAUCUUUUCUUUUCUUCAUGGACCAAAAUAUCACCUCAGCUAUUGUAAAUAAUCCACAAAAUAAAUUAAAGAAAGGUCCAGCUCAAAAUCUGGAUUUGUUUGUAGUUGCAAUACUGAAUUGUUUCUUGUCAGUAAUGGGUUUGCCAUGGAUGCACGGUGCACUACCGCACUCACCCUUGCAUUUGCGCGCACUUGCUGAUGUGGAAGAACGAGUGCUGCAAGGACAUGUCCAUGAAGUAAUAAUGAAUGUGCGCGAGACACGGCUAGCUACAUUAAUAGCACAUUUAUUGAUAUUAAUUUCAACAUUUACACUAUUACCGUAUCCUCUCCAGUGGAUACCAACAUCCGUAUUACACGGUUUAUUCUUGUACAUGGCACUUACCUCUUUAGCUGGUAAUGAAAUGUUUGAACGAUUAUUAUUACUUAUUACUGAACAACAAGCUUAUCCGCCUACUCAUUACAUCAGGAAAGUUCCUCAGCGAAAAGUACACUUAUUUACUGCCUGUCAGCUUGUACAGCUUUUACUACUUUGCGCAUUCGGAUUUUCACCCUAUCCAUUUAUUGAAAUGGUUUUUCCAAUUGUCUGUUUCUUUUUCCUACCUAUCAGACAUACUUUGAUACCACGAUUGAUUGACUAUAAAUAUUUGGAUGCGCUGGAUGGAAGACAUUAG